AUGUCAGGUAUGUUUCAAGUUCCAGGUCAAGGUGCAGGUGCCGGUAUGCCAAGAAAGCCAAAAUCAAAGUUCCAAGAGUUUAGAGAAUCACCAAUGUAUACAGUAUUAGUUAACGGUGCAUUUUUCGUUGCUGGUGUUGCCUUUAUUCAUUCUCCAUUGAUGGAAAUGUUGGCUCCAGAAUUGUAA